AUGCUGUGUGCUGUUCGGCGUCAUCAGUCGUUGAAUACGUCAAUUUGUCUUGAUUCAGCACCAUUCGAUUCCCCUCCUUUCUCUGUGCAACUACUGCCAAAAAUAAACGACAUCCACGACCGUCGCUUCAAGGCUGGCAUUAGCUUUAGGAAAGUAAAUUCGGAUUUUGACAUUCAAUUUCAAAAGGAUAAUUUUAAACAAAUUUGUUGCCUCUUUACUCAAACCUGGGACAAUUCAGCCGCAGGGUGCCUAACCCACGGUUCGAAGGACGGAUCCAUUAGCGGCCUAGACCCCAUCAAAUCUAAACCCAAACUUGGGACAGAGCAGCGACCAAAGGACUUCCCUAUCCCUUCAAAUCCUCAAAAAUCUGCCGCUCCAUCGAAUCCCAAUUCCUCAACACCACCCCCAGAGGCACUACAUCAAUUAACUUGCGUCUCGCCAGUCCCGCCCCCAAAUCCAAAAAGCAAAAGACAAACCCCCGAGGGCCUACCGUUGACGCCCUCUCAACGACCCCCAAUCCAAAACGAGGCUAUAGACAAGAUAACUACGCUGAAUUCCCAUCUUUACGAUCCUGGGCCGGUGGACUCUAACUGUUCCACCCCCACCGUGUCCACUACGUCUUCUCCAGUACUUGAGCAGGCUCACCCGCAGCUUUUCCCUGAUAAUUAUAACCAGGGUGAGCGCCGCGAUUCCAUUGUAUCACAGGAUUCUACAGUGGCCGCUUCAAGUCCGCGGCCGAGGGGAAUUCCACGCGCAUCACGGGGAGACGCCGUCCUUAUUAGUUUCCUCGCACCCGAUCAACCUCAAAUUGCACUUAGGGCCGGUGAGAGUCCAUUAUUUUGGCUCAGUGGGAGCGAAUCUACGGAAACAGAAAUGGAGACAGAGAAUGGGGAUCAUGACAGGCCAGGUGGGGGUGACGGUGAUAAUGAUAGCAGGAGUAUGAGCAGACAACAAUCCGAUGAAGGUGUAAAUGGCAACGGAAACAUGGAUAAUGGCGAAGGAAACUCAACCGAUGGCGGCGCAACUAAAGGUGGCGAUGGAGGAGGAGAAGGAGGGGGCGGCGAUGAACGAAAAGGAAAUUCCGGAGAUGGGGGUAAAGAGAAAGGGAAUGGAGCUAAUGGGAGUGGUGGAGAGAAUAACGACAAGGAGGAGGAGAAAAAGGAAGAGGACAAGAAAGACAAGAAGAAGGCUAACGAAAUGGAACAGCUGACUUCGGAUGCUGAUGCAAUGGAUAUUGAUGAAGGUCCCAAUGGAGGGUCCGUGAAUGGGGAACAAAAGCUCAAGAAGGAGAAUGAUGGAACAAAUGAUGGCGAUACCUCUAUGGGAAGAAAGGAUAGCAAUGCCAUGGAGGUUGAAGCACCUUCUUCCGAAGCAGCGGUGAAUAAUCUCAUGGCUCUUGCGGGGGCGGCUGGUAAAGAUCAACAGCCCUUUUCAUCAGGAGCAUCGCUUCCGGCCAUUUUCCCCACGUCCACGAGUGGUGGGUCAUGGGCACCAACGCCUCAUGCCCAGUCACCUCCCGGUCAACAUCUCAAAUUACCGUUACCCAAUUCCUCUCCUUCUCUCCCCUCAAUAAUGAAUACCCCUUCGGCAAGCUCGCCGCCAAAUAGUCUUCCUGGAGGCGAUGGGAGGCACACGACUUUACCACCAGUAUCGUCAAUCCAUGUUCUUGCAGAUAUUGCUGAGAAGGAGUCUUCUCAGCAACAGCAAACCACAUGGGCUAACAACAAUCCCGCCCAAUCACCUGGACUCCCCCCUCCUGCACAGGCAGCCCACGGAUACGGCCCUGACGGAAACCCUCGCCCGCCUAUGCAUCACCUCUCAUUACAGCAGAGACAGAUUCUCUUGAGCCAGGAAUAUUACCCCCCGCACCAUCAGCACUACCAGUCUCCCUAUCCACCUAUAAAAGAUGCAAGUAGCAACGGAAAUCCAAACUCCUUUGGCCCAAACUUUGGACGUGAGCUUCCAGGUAUCAUGAGUUCACCACCUCCCAGUGGAGGGGCCAACUUUUUUGCGCAGCAGCAUAAUAUGCCAUCAACGAUAACUGGGCGAAGAGAUUCAGCAUUCGAAUACUAUUCAGAACACACACCGCCGUCGGGCCCAAGUACAGGAGAAACAAUGGCCAGCUCUGAUGAGACUGUAACAAGUCCCAGGAACCGUGCAGGAAUGCCAGCUGGAAAUCAAGGAGCAUUAUCUGCUGGCGUUUUCAAGUGCGAAUAUCAAGGUUGCAAAGCUCAACCUUUUCAAACACAGUACCUAUUGAACUCUCAUGCCAAUGUACACUCGUCCGCUAGACCCCACUACUGUCCUGUAAAGGGCUGUACAAGGGCAGAAGGUGGGAAGGGGUUUAAAAGAAAGAAUGAAAUGAUCCGCCAUGGAUUAGUUCACGAUUCACCCGGAUACGUCUGUCCGUUUUGUCCCGAUAGGGAACACAAGUAUCCAAGACCAGAUAAUCUACAACGGCAUGUGCGAGUUCAUCACAUGGAUAAAGAUAAAGACGACCCGCAGUUGAGAGACGUUCUAUCCCAGCGACCUGAAGGAGGAAACAGAGGUCGAAGACGAAGGCUGGGGGCGUGA